AUCAAGUCUGCAGUUGUCGCAACUUGUCGCAACUGCUUUCUCACACACGGCUGAAACAUUUGCCGUUGUCUGUUUUGAGAAGGAAAACCUGCUAAGGGAACGGGAAUAACAAUGGGAGAUGAGCCUGCAUUACCAGGGGGCUGGGAGAAAAGAAUGAGCCGGAAUUCAGGAAAGGUGUAUUACUUCAAUCGCGUCACCAACGCCAGCCAAUGGGAUCGACCCACAGCAGGAGACAGCCAUGGAGAACCAGAGAAGGUCCGCUGCUCGCACCUGCUGGUUAAGCACAACAAAUCCCGUCGCCCCUCUUCGUGGCGGGAGCAGAACAUCACGAGAUCCAAAGAUGAAGCGCUCAAUCUCAUUCAGAGCUAUAUUGAGCGAAUAAAGUCAGCAGAGGACAAGUUUGAGGACUUGGCGUAUGAGUUCAGCGAUUGCAGUUCAGCUAAGAACUAUGGGGACUUGGGACAAUUUGGCAAAGGUCAAAUGCAGAAGCCGUUCGAAGACGCAUCUUUUGCGCUCAAGAUUGGCGAGAUGAGUGGACCCGUUUUUACCGAAUCUGGAGUUCACAUCAUCCUACGUACCGGCUGACGCGCACACAGACACACACGUACACACCAAGCGAUACCUAUCACAAGGGUGAUCACGAGAAAUCCCUCCAAACCUAAUAUUUUACAAGACCUAAACAGCUAUGGAACAGAUAACAGUGCAAGUGAUUUAAAAGCGCAUGUCACCAAAAUAAAAGCACGGCUUGCUCUUUGGUUCCUCAAACGAAAGAGAAAAAACAACUGACCUUCUCUCGCUCCCGUCUUGCCUUUUCGAAGCUUGACCUUGUCUAUGUGACUUGUUAGGCUAUCAAAAUUAAAAGUCGUCUCUCUUUGUAA